AUGGGUUGGGGGGGCUUUACGUGGGCUAUUCCUCGACCCAACGCGCAGUCGCUCUUAUCAUGGGGACACAUCGACCUUCCCUGGUCCCCCACUCCCCACACUCUCUCCCUCCCCAUCCUCCCCACUCUCCUCCUCCUCCUACUCGGGUUUCUCCCUGCCGUCUCUCUCCUCUUCUUUUCCACGUCAUCCUCCAGUCGUAAGCGAAAGGGAGCGAAAGCCGGGGAAGGCGAGGCGAAACUGGUAACCGGAUCGUCCGCGUUCUGGUCGUCUACCUGGGUGCUGUGGCUUCGCGGAAAGUUCCCUCCAGGGCCCUGGGGAUUGCCGUUCUUUGGCAGUCUGCCUAACAUCCUUCGCGACGGCGAUCCUCACCGUCGGAUCACGGAUCUCGCCGAGAUCUACGGUCCAGUAAUGGGGAUGCGUCUCGGCCGAACUCCAACGGUCGUCCUCUCCUCUCCAGCCGCCGCGCGCCAGGUUUUGCGGGAUGCUGACAUGGCAUGCGCGUCGCGCCCCGCAGCGAUCACAUCCGCGCUUUUGACUCACGGACCGCGCGAUCUCGUGUUCGCGCCGUACGGGCCGCCUUUCGUGCAUCGGCGGAAGCUCGCGACGAGCCACCUGUUCACGGCGGAGCGCAUCGCGGCUUGGCGCGGAGUGCGCGCGGACGAGGCGGAAGGGAUGGUAACCGCGGUGGUCGACGAGAUCGCGGCGGCGGAAAAAGCGGCGGGAAAAGCAACGGGGAAAGCGGCGGCGCAAGCGGAGGGUUCCGCGUGGGCGGAAGUCGAGAUCCGCCCGCAUCUCGCGCGGGUGUCUUUGAACAAUAUCCUCCGCAUGAGCUGCGGGCGCCGGUAUCAGUUCAGCCGGCCGGGAAAGCCGGACGCGCUCGCAGACGAAGUUAACUCCGUGAUCUUUAAAAUCGCGGGGCUCUUAGGACCGUUUAACUACGUCGACCACGUGGCGGAAUGCGAUUGGUUCGACAAGUGGACCGGCGGGGUAACAGGCAAGUGCCGCGUACUUGCGCCGAAGCUUCAGAAAUUCUUCCGCGGCGUGCUGGACGAUCACCGGAGGAUGCGGAGGGAGGAGGAGGGGAAACGCGCGAAAGAGGCGCAAGCCGCAGCGGCAGCGGAGGCGGAGGAUAAUGGGACGGAGGGGACGGAUAGGGAGGGUGGGCAGAGGCGCGGGGUGAUGGAGGAUGCUUCUACAUUCGCACCUCUUGAAAACCCGGAAGAUCCGGAGAGGGAUUUUCUGGAUGUGCUUCUGAUGUUGCAGAAACAGCAGCAGCAACAGCAGGAGCAGCAGCAGCAGCAGCAGGAGCGAAAGCAGAUGAAUGGUGCUGCUAGGGCUGAUGACAGGGAAGAUUCUAAAGGUGUAAAAGGUUCAGUGAACGGGGGUUCAGGGUUUGGGGUUGGUAAAACCCCUGUUGCUGCAGCGGUAGCGGCGGGAGCAGCGGCGGCGGCUGGAUCAGGAUUGGUGGUAGAUGACGUGGAGAUCACUUCGCUGCUACAGGAUCUGCUUGUAGCGGGUACAGACACUGCAGCGGUUAGCACAGAGUGGGCUUUAGCGGAGCUGGUCAACCGGCCCGAUGCAAUGAAGCGGCUACAAACGGAGAUAGACGUCGCGCUAGAGCAGUGGCACAGGGAGCACGGAUCGGAUAAAAUCAAAUCGCAAUCGGAUCUCGAGGAGGCUUGGGAGCAGACGGGGGGCGAAGCGUUGCUCAUGCGGUUACCCUAUCUCCAGGCUGUCGUGAAAGAGAUGCUUCGCAUGCACCCUCCAGGCGCGUUCCUGAUCGCCCAUAGCACCACCGGUCCUGUAGAUCUCUGUAGCGGCAGAUACAGGGUCCCUGCGGGAACUAUGGUGCUAGUUAAUGUGUGGUCUAUUUCCCGCGACCCGAGCCUGUGGCCCGAGCCUGACAGGUUCGUGCCAGAGCGGUUCCUGCCCGGAGAAGUUUUCGAGCUGCCCGAGAGCGGAAUAGGAGAGGGUGUGAAGCGGAUAGUGGGGGAGGAGGUGGAUAUGAGGGGGUUUGAUUUCCGCCUGCUGCCGUUUGGUUCGGGCAGGCGAAUGUGCGUCGGGCAGAGGCUCGGGCACCAGCUGGUUACCAUCAUGCUGGGUCGGCUCGUACACGCCUUCAACUGGGAAGCCCCUGUUACAGGCUCUAAUAAGAGUGACUGUAACGGAAGUAACGGAGGGGACUGUAACGGGAGUGAUUAUAAGGGGGGGGAGUGCAACAAGGUGGAUUUGAAGGAGAGGUAUGGGCUGGCGAUGAGGAUGGUGCGGCCUCUUAAAGCCCGUGCGUCGCUGCGAGUGGGAGGGGAUGGGAGGCGGGCGAUUGAGGCAUGGGGAGUGGGGAAGAGGGGAGUCAGAAAGUAG